UGUUCAACCUCUUAAAUCCCUCCAAGUCCCCUUUUCUAACGUGUAAUGUCACUAUCUAUGGCUACUGUACUAACUUCUCUGUCUCUCUGCCCUCUCUGUCGUCUCCAGGCUCUCUCUCGUGUCACCCCCAGUGGCCUCCAGUCAGCAGCCCCUCGAUGAGUCCCUCUGCCCCCAUCACCACCACCAUCACCACCCUGGAGGGUUAAACCAUGCACGGCCCUAACCAUACCACACACCAACACACACACCAUACCACACACCAACACACACUUCAAUACCUGGAGGACGCUUACUGAAACAACCAGUCAACCCAUCGGAUGCCUGGACUCUUACACAAUCAACCAAUCAAAAGGCAGGACAAGGACCUCGUCAUCCGCUAGCAACUCCAUCCAUCCAACCAGCCAAUCAAAACACAGACUGAUGCUCUGCCUCUUUGACAUCAACUGAUCUCUGCUAAGUAACAAGCUCAUGCUGUUGUAACAGGGUGGACGACACACACUCUCUCUCUCACACACACACACACACACACAUACACACGACUCAGAGAGCGUUCAGCUCAUCGGGGAUGGAGGAGGAGGAGAUGAGACGGGGAUGGAGGAGGAGGAGGAGAAACGAGAGGGGGGAAGGAGGAAUUUUGUUGCCCCUGGCACACCCAGAACAGUCACUGCCCCCCCCCCCCCACCCCUCUGCUUUCGUGAACCCCAGCGAGGAACAUGAACAUGGGGCACACAGACCUGCUUAAUGCCCCUUACACACCUCAUCCUCCAUCACUUCUCUCCCUCUCUCCUCCUCCAUCACUUCUCUCCCUCCCUCUCCUCCUCCAUCACUUCUCUCCCUCCCUCUCUCCUCCAUCACUUCUCUCCCUCUCUCCUCCUCCAUCACUUCUCUCCCUCCCUCUCUCCUCCAUCACUUCUCUCCCUCUCUCUCCUCCUCCAUCACUUCUCUCCCUCUCUCUCCUCCUCCAUCACUUCUCUCCCUCUCUCUCCUCCUCCAUCACUUCUCUCCCUCUCUCUCCUCCACCAUCACUUCUCUCCCUCUCUCUCCUCCACCAUCACUUCUCUCCCUCUCUCUCCUCCAUCACUUCUCUCUCCUCCAUCACUUCUCUCUCCUCCAUCACUUCUCUCCCUCUCUCCUCCAUCACUUCUCUCCCUCUCUCUCCUCCACCAUCACUUCUCUCCCUCUCUCUCCUCCUCCAUCACUUCUCUCCCUCUCUCCUCCAUCCUUCUCUCCCUCUCUCUCCUCCACCAUCACUUCUCUCCCUCUCUCUCCUCCAUCACUUCUCUCUCCUCCUCCAUCACUUCUCUCUCCUCCUCCAUCACUUCUCUCUCCUCCUCCAUCACUUCUCUCUCCUCCUCCAUCACUUCUCUCUCCUCCUCCAUCACUUCUCCCUCUGUCCUCCUCCAUCACUUCUCUCCCUCUGUCCUCCUCCAUCACUUCUCUCCCCCUCUCUCUCCUCCAUCACUUCUCCCCCUCUGUCCUCCUCCAUCACUUCUCUCCCUCUCUCUCUCCUCCUCCUCCAUCACUUCUCUCCCUCUGUCCUCCUCCAUGCUGAACCAGAUGCUCCUCCCAGCCAGACAGUUCUCCUCCAGAGUUGCUGUCCUGAUAAAAACCAUCAGCUUGUUUCUCUUUCCUGUUGUCUUUUACUUUAUUUACUUGACUUUUUCCUCUGUUUGUAUUUUAGGUGAAGUUGAUUAAAAGUUGUUUGUACUGGCAGUGUUCUGUUCUGACUACACUGACUGUGAGUGUUGCUGUUUUAUACGCUUGAGAAUAUCCACUGACUCAUGCCAAUCAUAAAUCGUGAAAAGUCAA